GGGGCUACCAGCAGUAAAAAUAGGCACCGCAUGAGCCGCAACCAAGACGGAAGCGGUGGCCCCACGACGCGGCUUCCAGAUAUCUAUGCCUCGCCGGGCAAUGUUGGCGUCCAGAUCGACUCGUAUCGGACCAAGGACCUGUUCAACCGGCCACGAUCGAACAAGUUCACGACGGCAUUUCAAGGUCACAUGUAUGAAGAUCACACGCUCAAAAACGCCAAGCGAAUGCUCGCGCGAGAGCUCCAGAGAAAACGAGAAGACGAUCAACGGGUCAAGAAACUGGCCGAGUAUCAAAUGCAACGGCUCGAAGCCAAGGUUCAACUGGACGAGAGGCGAAAACACCGCGAGUACCUGCGAAGGCAACGGGCGUGGGAAAGGCAGCAGGCGAUGAAAGCGGCGUCCCAACUCGCCCUGGAGCACUCGUCCGCGGUUCAGAUCCAAGCGCGGCAUCGGGGCUGGCGGGUGCGGCGGGCGUUAGCUCGACAAACGGAAGCGGCCACUGCUAUACAAUCCAAUCUGCGGCGAUAUAGGGCGCAACACCAGUACACACUGCAAAAACUAGCCCAUCGCGACUUGCAGAGACAGAGUGCCGUGAAAAUUCAGUCGCACGUUCGAAGAUAUGUCAGUGCAAAACAAGUACGGCAGAUGAAGGCAUCGUUGCAACUGCUCGUGGACACACCGCGAAGUCUGAGCACCGGGGCGUUUAUUUCGACUUCUCCUGAGCCAGCAUCAUGCAUUCCCCUGUCCCCAGUUCGAUCAGACCUUCGAACAACCGCCCCUAUAAAAGAGGACGGCAUGCGUCCCCCCGCGGGUGUUGUGCAUACUCCCACUCCACCCCCUCCGAGACCGACGCCACCUAGUACCACUGCAAAUGUCAUCCUCAAACGCGUUGGAGGCGGGUUUCGUCGCAUCGUGCAACCACCCCAAACUCAGUUGUCCGCGAUGCUCCUGUCGUCUAGUCGGUCCCCCAUGCCCUCGUUGGCAUUGACCCCCACGAAGAAACGCCUUGCAAAACCGCAGCCCCCUCAACGCUCGUUUCUGCAGCGAUGGAAUGAAGUGCCGUCCCCCGUCGCCAAGUCGCUCGAGUCGUUCAUUCAAGACCCCAACUUAGUCGAGAAGCUCAAAAUCGUAUCCUCGCCAUCAAUGGAACCACCAGUAGUGUGGCGAAGUCGGGACGCCGCCGAACUGUGUGCGGCUAUGGACGCCUCGUUUCCUGUGGCCGAGCCCUUGGACUUUGAAGAAAUGCAGCCACCGCUCACUCCGCACGAUGUGGCCGAGCUCACCAUAGCCAUGGAAGACAUGGCGAAUUUACACGAUACAGUUCCCGAAUGCUUUGAUACAGAUACACCUUUCGUGCCGCUGGAGAAACCACCCAGCCGACCGGAAGUGGCGGACUCGCUGCAGCCUUUAGGUAUCGCCGUGGACCCCACUAUCUUUCAAUGGCUGCCCAAUGCCUUGGUGACCCAAGAAGGCGAAUGGACAGUGCUGUUGGACGAAGACUUUGAUGCCAAAGCAGCCCACGCGCCAAUAUCUCUAUCGCCACCACACAACCCCGACGACGACGAUGAUGACCAGCGCAUUGAACGGUCCGAAACCACCAGUUCUGCGUCCUCCAGUGACAUUGAAGAGAACGAGUGCGAACAAGCUACGGUAACGACAGUGGCGGCUCACAAACACCGUCAUCGACCGAAGUCCAUUCUCAAAAAGUCCGUGGUGACACAUCCCAUGGCGCCAGUUAUGGCCGUGGGCAGCAGCCAGUUUAGCCUCCGCAAAGACCCCAAACGUACCCAUUGGAAAGUCGACCACGACACUUGUGAUGACAUUCUGCUCGGAGGGGCGCUAUUACCUUUCUAUUAACUUAAUCCACAACCAUGGUUUUGUAUGAGCAA